UGCUUCUCAGCAAUCUCUCAGUCACACAGCGGCACACCAGCGCAGAGCGGAGCUGAUAACAGCAGCCGGCGCAUCGGAAACAAAGACCUUUUCAGAAACACAAGAACAAAAAGGAGGAGGAUACAGACAAGGACGCUGUUUGUUUGACCAGUCCACAUCAAACGCGAUUAAAAACUGCCAAAAAAUGCUUGACACCAUCAACACCCAAUACGAUUCGUUCCUUUUCUGGAGGCAGCCAAUCCCUGAGCUGGACCUGUUGGAGCUGGAGGGGCUGGGAUUGGGCGGCGGCGCGUCACUCAAAGGCGGGCAGAAGAAGAAGAAGAAGGAAUCCCAGAAUUCCAGGCAGGAAGAUGACAGCCUGCUGGAGUUCAACACUUUCAACUACUGGAGAGCUCCGAUCGCCAGCAUCGAGUCCCUCGACUUUGAGCUCCUCUGAGCUUUCCACGAAGACCCCACAUCCCACACCCCCCCACACCCCACACACCCCACACCCAAUCCACUUGCAUCCUAAAACAGUUUCCCCAAAGCUGAAGGGAACACGAAGCCACCGCUCUGAGGCUUGGAGCUUGGUUUCAGGAGACUGUAGGUUUCAGGUCGCUGUGCAGCACACCAGGCAGGGAGACUUGGGGGGGGUUUGAUACAGCAAACCUCAAACUAGGUCUCCCGGGGGUCUCCUGGAACCAGCUGUCAAGCUCCUGAAAAAGUGGCUUCAUGUUCAACUCGGCUCUCGUCACGUUUUGGCUUGACAACAUCACCGUUGUGUAAUUUGCUUUAUUUGUCGUUGGAAAUAACAGAUAUGCUGGGAGCUUCAGUCUCAUUUGUUAUGUUUUUGUUCUACGUCCACCCUGUUUUUGUACGCCGUUUCAAAUCGGCCGUUUAUUUGACUGUAAAAAGUAUCUGUUGACACAACGCACUCUUAAAAUAACACACAGUGUGAAGCCUGAUUUACACUGAUAACAGGGUAGGGAUCGCUUCCCUCUUUCAAUUCCAGUUCCCUUUUAGUCGAUUCCAAGUCCUUCAAAAGGAAUUUUAAUUGAUAUUUUAGAGACAUAAAUAACUGUUCAACUGCUUCUUUCAUGCGAAGCCAGUUUAAUUGACUCACAAACAGCGGCUUCAAUAGAAGUCACGCUCAGCCGCUGUUGAGAGAAGCUCAUUUUAACAGAACGCUGCUCCAUCGCAAUUCUGAUCAGAGGUGACGUGUCGGGAUCGAUUAAAAGGGAAUCGGGAAUUGAUUUUAAAAAUGGAAUUGCAAAAUACAUCCUGUUAUCUUCCACAGUACAGCACAUCGCAGACGAGCAUCGUUGUAAAAGGGUGUGUGUGUGUCGCCUUUGAAUACCCUCUGCUGUAUUAACUUUAGUUAGAAAGAAAGAAAAAAAAACAUUUAGGAAUGCUUAGCUUUAAGGCUAAUAACACUUCAUUUAAUUUAAGGUAUUAUUUAUUUAUUUAUUUAUUUAUUUAUUUUGUGCAGCUUGGAUCUGAGUAAACCUGUUAUUCAGUGUUAGAAGGUGUAAAAAGGAGACUUUUUCAUGUCUUUAUAAAACAAAAUGUUCACGAGAGGGGGAAAAAAAAAAAAUACGGUGCCUCCCGCGCUCCUUUACUUCAAACAGUAUCCGUGAAACAAGAAAUUAUUAAAGACGGUGUUCAAGCACUGUAUGUGAAACUGAUGUUUUAAGGAGAAGGAUUUGGACUAGAUAUAGAAUAGGAUUUUAUGAGCGCCUCUCUCUCUGCAUUAGGUUUUACAACCAAUACGAAAUAACGGUAGAUGAGGUAAUAAUAUCGCUGUCACUUUUCUUGGACUUCAGCGCCAUCUAGUGAGGGCGGUACGGAAGUGUCAAGGUUUAAUUAGCUGGCUCUCAGAUCUCCAGUACAGCACUGAGUUCUCUAUACUAGACUGUAUUGAAUUAGCUGGCUCUCACAUCCCCAGUACAGCACUGAGUUCUCUAUACUAGACUGUAUUGAAUUAGCUGGCUCUCAGAUCCCCAGUACAGCACUGAGUUCUCUAUAAUAGACUGUAUUGAAUUAGCUGGCUCUCAGAUCCCCAGUACAGCACUGAGUUCUCUACACUAGACUGUAUUGAAUUAGCUGGCUCUCAGAUCUCCAGUACAGCACUGAGUUCUCUACACUAGACUGUACUGAAUUAGCUGGCUCUCAGAUCCCCAGUACAGCACUGAGUUCUCUAUACUAGACUGUACUGAAUUAGCUGGCUCUCAGAUCCCCAGUACAGCACUGAGUUCUCUAUACUAGACUGUAUUGAAUUAGCUGGCUCUCAGAUCCCCAGUACAGCACUGAGUUCUCUAUACUAGACUGUAUUGAAUUAGCUGGCUCUCAGAUCCCCAGUACAGCACUGAGUUCUCUAUACUAGACUGUAUUGAAUUAGCUGGCUCUCAGAUCCCCAGUACAGCACUGAGUUUUCUAUACUAGACUGUAUUGAAUUAGCGGGCUCUCAGAUCCCCAGUACAGCACUGAGUUCUCUAUACUAGACUGUAUUGAAUUAGCUGGCUCUCAGAUCUCCAGUACAGCACUGAGUUCUCUAUACUAGACUGUAUUGAAUUAGCUGGCUCUCAGAUCCCCAGUACAGCACUGAGUUCUCUAUACUAGACUGUAUUGAAUUAGCUGGUUCUCAGAUCUCCAGUACAGCACGGAGUUCUUUAUACUAGACUGAACUAAAUUGCAAGACAUUGAAUUUGAUGCUACAGUAACAUGAUUGGACUCACUUAAGGAGCGAAUUCAAAUCAACAGUGUUUAAAAACCAAAGACUCAUUCAAUGGUACAGUUUGGGAUUUUUGGUAGAUUGUAAUUUUUAAAAAAAAGCAACUUGAUAUGGGUCUCAGAUAUCAGUAAAUGCCAGUUAUGCUCUGUGUGAUAUUUCAUGCAUGGAUUUUGAUUUGAUUUUGUGUUGCUUUAAUAAAAGACGCUAUCGCUUCAUUUGC